UUUUGCCAUAUUAAGAACUACAAAUCAUAAAGACUUUGAUUAGCCAUGGGAGAUAGCAGCAAGAACCCUUCUGGAACUUCAAUUCUGGUACCAUCAGUUCAAGAGUUGGCUAAGCAGAAUUUGUCUGCUGUUCCACACAGAUACAUUCAACCUCACCAUGAAGACAUGCACCUCAUCUCUCAACAAACUCAUGCUCUUCAGAUUCCAGUUAUUGACAUGCACAACUUGCUUUCUGCAGAAUCUAAAACUUCAGAACUUCAAAAGCUUCAUCUUGCUUGCAAACAUUGGGGAUUCUUCCAGCUGGUAAAUCAUGGGGUCAGUCUUUCUUUGGUGGAGAAAGUAAAGUUGGAAAUUCAAGAAUUUUUCAACCUUCCAAUGUCAGAGAAGAAAAAGUUUUGGCAGAGUUCAGAGCAUAUGGAAGGUUUUGGACAAGCAUUUGUUGUGAGUGAAGAUCAAGAACUUGAUUGGGCUGACCUUUAUUACAUGACAACCCUCCCAAAACACUUAAGAAUGCCUCAUUUAUUUCCAAAGCUCCCUCUUCCUUUCAGAGACACUCUGGAAAUUUACUCACAAGAAAUGAAAGAUCUGGCGUUGAAUAUUAUUGGUCAUAUGGGAAAAGCUUUGAAGAUUGAAGAAAAGGAAAUAAAGGAAUUGUUUGAAGAUGGAAUUCAACUGAUGAGGAUGAAUUACUACCCUCCAUGCCCUGAACCAAAUAAGGUUAUUGGACUUACCCCUCAUUCAGAUGGAAUUGGACUUACUAUUCUUCUGCAAGUCAAUGAAGUAGAAGGGUUGCAGAUAAGAAAAGAUGGCUUCUGGGUUCCCGUUAAACCCUUGCCUAAUGCAUUCAUUGUAAACGUUGGCGACAUAUUAGAGAUAAUAACGAACGGAAACUACAAAAGCAUCGAACACCGGGCAACAGUGAACGCAGAAAAAGAAAGACUCUCAAUUGCAACAUUCUAUAGUCCAAAGGAAGAUGGUGUGGUGGGUCCUGCAUCAAGCUUGAUCAGUGAAGAAACACCACCACGAUUCAGAAGCAUUGGAGUGAAGGACUACUUCAAGGGCCUGUUUUCUCGAAAACUUGAUGGAAAGUCCUAUGUCGAAGUCAUGAGAAUAUAGGAAGGAAAACUAAAAUUGGAGACGUUUUACUUUGGAUAUUUUAAUAACUUUUUCAAAUAGAUUAAGUGUCAUUGAUCUUUUGAAUUUAUGUUUAAAAAUUAUUUAAAA